AUGGGCGGCCCCAACAAAAACGGCCCUAUGGGCUGCCCCUGCUGCGCGGGCCCCCGGCCCUGGGACGCCGCGCUGCGCGGCAGGGGCGGCCUGCGCGACCGCCUGUUCGCACGGCUGAUGCGGGGCGGCGCCGCCAAGUACAACCAGCUGCUGGGGGAGCGGAAGCGGGCGCUGUUUUCUGAGAUUGGGUGGGGGGCUGAUGGGCUGCGGAUCACAGGCGUGGACCCCAACCCUGCCAUGGCGCCGUACGCGCGAGAAUCCUUGGCAGCGGCCGGCCUGGCGUCGGGCAACGUCGCGCUGCUGCAGGGUGUGGCCGAGUCGCUGCCAGUGGCGGACGAGUCCCAAGAUGCAGUAAUAUGCACGCUGGUCCUGUGCUCGGUUGUCAGCCAAGAACGCGCGCUCUCCGAGGCGCGCCGCGUGCUUCGGCGGGGCGGAAAGCUGCUGUUCAUGGAGCACGUGGCGGCGCCGUACGGCAGCCUCACGCGGCGGCUGCAGGACCUGUGGAACCCGGCUCAGCUGUGGCUGGCGGAGUGCAACUGCAACCGCCAGACAUGGGAGGCCUUGGAGACGGCUGGAUUUGCAAGCCUCAGGGUGGAGCGGGUCCAGGCAACCAGCAACCCAUUGUGCGCGUUGAUAGCACCGCACAUUGCUGGCGUGGCCGUCAAGUAG